UCAGUCUUCUCUGGCUGCCUGUUUCAGAGCUGUGUGGAUUUGUUUCCUGCUAAGAAUCACAAUGAAGGUUCUGUGUCUGCUUGCUGUGGGUUUCCUCAUCGUUACUGACCAUAAAGGUUUUGGGAUCUCUCAUCCCAAGCCAGCCUGCCGUUACCCUCCAUCCCAGUGGUGUCGGUCUCUGCAGAUUGCCGUAGAAUGCAAGGUCCAGAAGCAAUGCAUGGAGCUCAGUGCCAUCAAGCCAAACCAGACUGUUCCCCGUGUAGCCCUGACUCUGUACUAUGAGAGCCUGUGUCCAGAUUGCAGAUACUUCAUCACCCAGCAGCUCUUCCCCACCUGGACAAUGCUGCAGGAUAUCCUGUCUCUAACGCUGGUUCCUUACGGUAAUGCCAAGGAAAUUUUGUCUGCCAAUGGUCCUUUCAGCUGUCAACAUGGAGAACCUGAAUGCAGAGGAAACAUGAUUGAGGCCUGCAUCAUCCAUUUGACAGGAACCUCCCUGGCAUUUCAAGUAAUCUACUGCAUGGAGUCAGCCACCAAUGUCCUCAACGCUGCAGAGCCGUGUCUCCAGCUGUACGCUCCCUCUGUGUCCUGGGCCGCCGUUGACGAAUGUGUGACCGGACGUCUGGGUUAUGAGCUGAUGCACGACUACGCUGUCAUGACCAGAGCUCUGAACCCGGCCCACACACAUGUCCCUUGGGUCACAUUUGACGGGGAGCACACUGAGGAGAAUGAAGCCAGGGCGAUGUCCUCGCUGUUUAAUUUGGUCUGUGAGCUCUACAAGGGAGUGAAGCCUCCAGCCUGUACAGGAGCCAUGGUCAAACUGAGCCACCGCGGCUGCUUGACCGACUGAUUUCACCUUUAACUUGUUUGCUGUUCAUGAAAAUGACUAAACAAUAAAAUCUCUCAACUAUUAA